AUGACUUCCAAUUCACCACCUCCUCAAAGCGGCUCGCGCCCUCUAACGGCUACUGACAAUGCGGCAUCUUCAUCACCGUUUCGUUCGCUGCUUUCCAGCCCACUGUUGACACGACAACGUGCCACCAUCGCAGCUCGCACCUCGUCCGCGACAUCUUUUUCAUCGCCCGCAUCUCCACAGCCACCGCCAGCACGCCCCGUUUCCGUAUUGCCAAGUUUUCUUGGUAGCCCGCUCACACCACCACCUCCAUCACACACUUCCGCAACCGUAUCGGGCUCAGGCGAAAAAGAUGAAAAUAUUGCGGCGGCCGAGCAAAAUCCUAAGGCAACUGGUUGCAGUCCGUUAAUGCGCGGGGAGUCGCCCGGCCCGCCCGCAUGCUCAUCCAUCACUCGCACACCAACGCCUGUUGGUGAAACCAUCGCUGGGCGUAUCACCUCGCCCGGUGGUACAAGUGCUAUAAGUAAUGCUCAGCCUAUUUCGCCACAUUCGUCGACAGGUUCCACCGUUACAGUGCCGCAACAAUUUUGCCUGCGUUGGAACAAUUACCAAAGCAACCUGAUGAGCGUUUUUGAUCAGCUUUUACAAACCGAAUCGUUUGUCGACGUGACGUUAGCUUGUGACGGGCACUCUAUUAAGGCGCAUAAAAUGAUCCUCUCCGCUUGUUCGCCCUAUUUUCAAAUGCUCUUUUCUGAUACCCCUUGUCAGCAUCCCAUAGUCAUAAUGAGGGACGUCAACUGGUGUGACCUGAAGUCAAUCGUAGAGUUCAUGUAUCGCGGUGAGAUCAAUGUUAGUCAAGAUCAAAUUGGUCCGCUCUUGCGCAUAGCUGAAAUGCUGAAAGUACGCGGACUUGCGGAUGUAAGCGCGGGAAGCGUUUCCGCAGAAGAAGCAGCAGCAGAGCGUUUACUAAAAGAGUUACAUUUUCCCUCCAAAUCUAGUUCGCCGAAAAGAGGUGGAGGAAGUGGUUCUCCUUGUUUAAAACGUGAACGUAAGGAGUAUCCUGAUGAGGGCGAAGAGCGUUUUUUGGAUACUGAGAAAAACUUACGUUUGGGUCGCACGGAUUGGGAUUUCAAUACUGCGGCUAGCGGACCCAGUAUCAGCGGCGACACCAUUGGUGGCAGCGGUAGCAGUAAUCUUGAGUUACGUCUCUCACCACUACACUUACCGCACCAACAGCAACAACAUCAAUCGCAACAACAUAAUCUGCAGCAACAAGCGCGGAAUGUGCGUAAGCGACGUUGGCCUUCAGCUGAUGUAGUCUUCAAUCCGCCAGCAAGUCCAUUGAGUGGCCUUAUUGCUGCUGAACGCGCCGAACGUGAACGGGAACGAGAGAGAGAUCGUGAGGAUUGUACAUUGAUAACACCGCCACCGCCAACGUCAGCGGUUACUGGUACAGCAACUUCGAGCACUACCCAAGCCAGCCGCAGCUCGGCACGACUAGUCCCCACUCUACUCGAAACCGCCGCUCAUCUAGAAUUGCCCUCACCAUCAACGACGCCAGCACCUUCACUUUUGCAUCGAAUGCGUACACCACCGGGCAUCCCACCACAUCUAUCACAUCAAUCGUCACAACAACAACAUGCGCACCCCCAACAACAGGCUCAUCAUGUGGGACAAACGCAAUCACAACAAACACAUCUCCAGCACUCACAUCGUACAUCGCCAGCCUCAUCAAGUGCAACGCCCACACACCAAUCCAACUUGAUCAGUGGGCAGAUGACACCAACGGCCGGUAGUAUGAGUGGUGGUGGCAGCGCUGGUAGUGUUGUUGGCGGGCGUACAGAGCAGAGCGGUGGCGUAAGUGACUCGCGAUUUGCGUUGGGCUCCCAAGCGGCUGCGAUGGCGGCGGCCGUAGCGGCACAAAUGGAUUUAGGUGCCAUGGGUAUGUCACAUACAAUAGGCCCUCCAUCGACACAUGGCCCCCAUCACACGCCCUCUCUGGCGGAUGAUCUAGAAAUUAAACCGGGCAUUGCGGAAAUGAUACGCGAGGAAGAACGGUCCACACGCCAAGUAGCGCCAUGUAUGUCAGCAGCAAUCAAUUGCGCUACACUCGCACGUCGCCACAGUUGA